AUGCGCGCUGCGCCGCCCGCCCCCGCCCGCAGCGCGGCCCAUGCGCAGCGCUGCCCGCGGACCAAGAUGGCGGCCGGGAGCUCGUCGCGCUGCUUCGGGGUGGCCGCCGUCGUGGCCGCCGCCCGCAGCCGCGGCCCUGGGGAGAGGCGGCUGCCGCUCGUCUGGCUCGUCCGGGGACUCAGCCUCCCGCCGCCGCCCCGCGCCGCCGCCGCCCGCCGCCUCCUGCCGCUGUGCGCCGGGCUCUGCGCGGCGGGGACGAAGCGCGCUGCCGCCGCCGCCGCCUCCUUCCACAGCAGCGCCGGGGCCCGUUCCAAGGAGGACUAUUACCAGGUGCUCGGGGUGCCCCGCACCGCCACGCAGAAGGAGAUUAAGAAGGCCUACUACCAGCUGGCAAAGAAAUACCACCCAGAUACAAACAAGGAUGACCCUAAAGCUAAAGAGAAGUUCUCUCAGCUGGCAGAAGCCUACGAGGUGCUGAGUGAUGAGGUGAAGCGGAAGCAGUACGACGCCUACGGCACGGCGAGCUUCGAAGCUGGCAGCGCCGGCGCUGGUGCCGGUGCCGGGCGGCAGUACUGGAGCAGCGGCCCCUCCAUCGACCCGGAGGAGCUGUUCAAGAAGAUCUUUGGAGAGUUCUCAGGAUCCCCUUUUGGUGACUUUCAGAACGUCUUUGACCAGCCACAGGAGUACAUCAUGGAACUGACAUUCACUCAAGCUGCAAAAGGUGUCAACAAGGAGAUCGUGGUGAACAUCAACGACUCCUGUGAGCGAUGCCAUGGUAAAGGACACGAGCCUGGCACCAAGUCCCAGCGCUGUCACUACUGCAACGGCACUGGCAUGGAGACCAUAAACACCGGCCCCUUCGUGAUGCGCUCGACGUGCCGGCGCUGCGGCGGCCGUGGCUCCAUCAUCACGACGCCGUGCCUCAUGUGUCGAGGAACAGGGCAAACCAAGCAGAAGAAGACAGUGAUGGUUCCUGUGCCUGCUGGGGUUGAGGAUGGGCAGACAGUUCGGAUGCCUGUGGGGAAGAAGGAGAUUUUCAUUACAUUCAGGGUUCAGAAAAGUUCUGUGUUCAGAAGGAAUGGAGCAGAUAUCCACUCAGACCUCCUCAUUUCCAUAGCACAGGCUGUUCUGGGCGGCACAGCCAGGUGUCAAGGCUUGUACGAGACAAUCAAUAUCACAAUACCCCCUGGUAUUCAGCCAGACCAGAAGAUCCGAAUGAGUGGGAAAGGCAUCCCCAGGGUGAACAGUUAUGGCUAUGGAGACCACUACAUUCACAUCAAGGUUAAAGUUCCACAGAGGCUGACCGACCGCCAGAGAGCUUUAAUGAUGAGCUACGCCGAGGACGAGGCCGACGUGGACGGCACCGUGAACGGGGUCACGAACACAGCCUCGGGUGGCAGGGCCACGGCUAGUGCUGGCGCAGGCGGGGAUAGGCCUGAGGCUGAGGAGAACAAGGAGGGAUUCCUCUCCAAACUUAAGAAAAUGUUUAGCUCCUGACACCCCAUCCGAGGGAAGCGUUCUACUGGAAACUAAGAGCCAGCAGCAGCUCGUCUGUGCAGCCCAGAGUGAACUUUUCUGGCAGCAGGCUCUGGAGAGCAAAGGACAGCAGGCAGCAGCAGAGGGAGAAUCCUGCUGGAGAGGCUAAAACCACUGAGGCACCACCAAACCAAACCCAUCCACCAGCCUAGGAAAUGGUAAUGAAGGAGAAUGGCAGGAGUGUGGCUCUCUGGAGGCUGCUUCCCAAGUCCCUGCCGCUGCUGGAAGCUUUAUUUGGUAAAAGUUGAAAUGUAGAGUCCAAAGCAGUGGGAAUGUGAAAUAAAAGUGGCCUGGAGCAGAGCAGUUUGCUGUGUGGAGUCCUGCAGCUGUCUGCUGCUUGCUCAGGUGCCCUUCUGAAUGUAGAUGUGCUGGGUGCAUGUGUCAGCAGGGAGCUCCCAGGGGAGUGGUGGGUGGGCGAGGGUUAACCUUGGAUUCACCCAGCCCUCCCACACAUCUUGGAAGGGGAGUGGGAGGUCUCUCUGGGGCUGGGACUCCUUGCAGCCCGGCACUGCAGGCUCUGUACUCCUGCUGAGUCGCUGCCCAGAGAGCAGCCCCGGAAGCUGUGCUUUGCCUCAGGUCUCCCUCCCCCCAGACUUAACUACUUAGUUACCACACAGCUGCUGUUGUCGCUUCUGACUGGGUACAAGAUCAGCACCAAGCCCUGUGCCAGUUUGGGACAAAGUCUUUUAUUAGCUUACCACAACACCCAUAGCAUAAAGGAUUGGUCAGAGUUCCUACAUGUGAGAGCAAAGUGGUUCCCUCCAGGCGGAGUGGAGCUCUCGCAGUGAGUGUGUUCGUGCUUCCUGCAGCCUCUGCUGCUGGUAGUGCUGCUCUGCAGGUACCACCAGCCCACCUCCUAAGUGACCAGUUGAAGCAGGACCUGGUGCAGGCUUGACCUUCUUGAUUUGCUGAAAUAAAGCACGUGUUGCCUCCUGAUUAAAGCUGUCUGUAAAGUGAUUCUGUAUCCAUGUAAAUAAGAUUGACUUCAUAAAGCUAUUUAACACCU